AUGGACACAUCGUUCUGCUCGUCCAUGAUAGUAGUACCCAAAGGAAAACAUGACAUUCGUCUCGUCAUUGACCUUAGAGGACCUAACCAGUACAUUCACCGGACACCGUUCAGCAUGCCCACGUUGGAAAGUAUUGUUGCCAAUCUGAACGGAGCCAAAUGGUUCUCGACGAUUGAUUUGAGUAAUGCUUUCUUCCACGUGGAGCUCGAUACUGAAUCCCGCCAUCUGACGAAUUUUUUUACCGAGUUCGGGAUGUUCCGUUGUGUGCGGCUACCGUUUGGUCUAUGCAACGCUCCGGAUUUGUUUCAGGAGAUCUUACAAAGAAAGAUACUAGGUGGAUGUAAAGGUUGCAAAAACUAUCUCGAUGAUGUGCUGGUUUAUGGACAAACAAAAGUAGAACAUGACGAGAAUCUAGCUGUGGUACUUGCUCGACUGAAGGAACAUAACGUAAAAUUGAAUGAAUCCAAAUGCGUAUUUGGAAGUCAAUCAGUCGAUUUUCUUGGGUUUGUUCUUACACCGGAAGGCUGGCAAAUUGACGACGAAAAGUUGACAGCUCUACAAUCGUUCCGAAAACCAGAGAAUUGCAGUGAAGUAAAAAGUUUUCUUGGAUUGGUGACGUUCAUUGACCGAUUCAUCAUAAACAGAGCAGAUAAGACGGAAAAUCUUAGAGCGUUAGCUAAUGCUAAUCACUUCUACUGGACUGGACAAGAAGAACAAGAGUUUCGGUAUCUUCAGGAAGCUGCACUUAACACUAUAAAGACACUUGGAUACUAUAGUCCAACAGACGCUAUAGAAUUGUACGUAGACGCUUCUCCUAUUGGUCUCGGUGCGGUUUUGGUGCAGUUCAACGAAGCUGGCGUACCGAGAGUUAUUACACGAGCCAUCGCUAGGGCAGACGCAUGGGCCCUCCGGCUACAACCAUAUGACUUUAAGAUGAAAAGAAUUCCAGGGCAGUCAAACGUAGCAGAUGCCUUAUCAAGAUUAAUAAAGCAAUCAAAAAAAGCAAUUCCCUUCGAAGAGGAUGACGAAAACCAUUUCUUGUUUUCGAUUGACACAGGUUCCUUGGAUGUAACAUGGGAAGAAAUUGAAGUCGACUCCGAGAACGACGAGGAGCUUAAAUUACUACACGAUGCUAUCGAGCUUGAUCAAUGGCCUCCAGAGCUCCGUAAAUUCGAAGCACAAAAGAAACACCUACACUCGCUUGGAUUCUUAAUAUUCAAAGAUAAUCGAGCCAUUCUGCUGAAUUCGUUAAGGCAACGUGUUAUGCAUACGGCACACGGUGGCCACAUUGGGGAAAUUGCGAUGAAGCGAACCCUGAGAGAUUAUUUUUGGUGGCCAAGGAUGUCAUCAGACGUGGAGCGAUUUGUUAAAAACUGUGAUACAUGUUUGCGUCUAUCACGGAAGAAUCCUCCUGUUCCCCUGAGCAGUAGAGAUUUGCCGGAAGGGCCAUGGCAGAUACUACAGAUCGAUUUUCUCAGUAUUCCCGGUUUUGGCUCAGGUGAAUUUUUGGUGAUUGUUGACACCUAUUCCCGCUAUUUGUCUGUAAUCGAAAUGAAGCACAUGGAUGCCAAUAGUACGAACUCUGCUCUUUGCGAAGUAUUCAAACUCUGGGGGUGCCCAUUGAUACUACAGAGCGAUAAUGGACCACCUUUCCAAGGAACUACAUUCAUUAAGUUUUGGGAAGACAAAGGCGUUAAAGUGCGCAAGUCGAUUCCACUUAGUCCACAGUCAAAUGGGGCUGUGGAACGACAGAACCAAGGAAUAACGAAAGCACUGGCAGCAUCUAAGAUUGAUGGGCAGAACUGGAGACGCGCACUUCAAUUGUACACACAUAAUCAUAACAAUUUGGUUCCACAUUCCAGACUAAUGGUAACACCUUUCGAACUUAUGUGUGGAUGGAAGUUUCGUGGUCAUUUUCCGUGUCUCUGGGAAAGCUCAAGUAAGCAGCUGGAUCGUACGGACGUACGUGAAAAAGACGCUGAAACGAAAUUAAGAAGCAAACAGGAUGCAGAUUUAGCUCGCGGUGCGAAACAGUCUGUGAUAAAAAUUGGAGAUACGGUUCUACUGGCUCAGCAAAAGAGGUCCAAAACAGAUCCAAUCUUCUCACAGGAACACUACAAGGUCGUGGCGAGAGAUGGUCCCAAAGUUGUUGUGAUGAGCCGGAAUGGUAUACAAUACGCUCGCAAUGUGCAGGACAUCAAAAAAGUUCCUUGGUCGACAAACGAGUCUUCAGUCGGGGACGAUUUUCGCGGCAAUUCCAGUUGUGCGGCACUUCCAGAUGUUGACGAUGAAGGAGAUUUAAAUGGUGGCACGGAUAUCGGUGAUCCAGAUGCAUCCGUUUCGGAUAGUGUUUUGGAUCCACACACUUCGCCGCAUAAACAACUCCGCCGUCGAGACACCCUCAAGCGGCCAGGCAGAUUCGAUGACAAAUUUGUUUAUAUGGUGUUCCAGUAG